CUGCAUCGAAGACCACCACGGCGUUAUCAUGGACAAUUCGACAGAGCAGUCACUGUUGGAGUUUACAUCGGAAUACUACUAUGAUGACUUUGAUCUCUCUGACCUUGUGGUUAGUCAACCGUGCAGGCCCAUUGUAGUUGAAAACUUUGUGCGAGUCUUUGUCCCCAUCCUGUAUUCCCUCGUCCUCCUCUUGGGUGUUCUGGGCAACAUGAUGGUAAUUCUCAUCAUCGGCCGCCUCAGGUCUGCGAGGAGGACUCUCACAGACACCUUCAUCCUCCACUUGGCAGGAGCCGAUCUCCUCCUGGUCCUCACCCUCCCGUUCUGGGCAGUCGAGGCGGUCAUGGGUUGGACGUUUGGCACCACCAUGUGCAAGCUGAUCGGCGCCAUCUUCGCCCUGAACCUGUACAGCAGCAUCCUCUUCCUGGUCUGCAUCAGCUUUGACCGGUACCUGGCCAUCGUCCACGCCAUCCACAUGUACCGCAAACGCAAGCCCGUCUACGUCCACCUGGCCUGCAUCGUGGUCUGGUCUUUCUGCCUCCUGCUGGCCACCGUUGACCUCAUCUUCCGCGACGUGUACACCUCUAGCUACCUCAACACCAGCGUCUGCACCUACAUGUUCCACCCAGACAGCGCCGCAGCCUGGAAACUCACCAUCGUCGCCACCCAUCACGUCAUUGGCUUCUUUGUGCCAAUGGCCGCCAUGUUGUACUGCUACUGCCUGAUCUUCAAGACCCUGUGCCGUGCUCACAUGCUGGAGAGGCAGAAGACCCUCAAGGUGGUGGUCGCCCUGGUAGUGGUCUUCGUCGUCUGCUGGUUGCCCUACAACGCCGUGCUCUUCGUCGACACCCUCCAGUCCCUGGGCGCCAUCCGGCCCGACUGCUCUGGCCUCAACGUCCUGGACAUCAGCCGCACGGUCACCCAGAGCCUGGGCCUGGUCCACUGCUGCCUGAACCCCCUCCUCUACGCCUUCAUCGGGGUCAAGUUCCGCCGAGAGGUGCUCAGCCUCCUGGCCCAUGUCGGUUGCCCGACUGGGAGGUUGGCAUCGGGGAGGCACUCCGGGAAACUCAAGCGCACCAUCUCCGCCAUCUCGGACUCCGAGACCUCCACCUCGCACUCCGUGAUAUGGUAGCACAGCGCGUUCUCUCCCCCCCCCCCCCCUGACUCCUUCGCGCCCCCUUCCCCCAACACCCCAACGCCCCCAAACCUUCCCACCUCACGGAGUCCACAACCUCAUCCCACCAAUCCAUCGCCAACAAAAUCUCUCCACCCAACUGAGCAGACACACCAUUGAGCAGACCACCGUGUGAAUUUGGAGAGGAGGGAGGGGGGGGGCCGAGGGGCAGGGAGGUGGUGGGGGGGGUGGUGAGACAAUUUGUUUCAUCAGAAUGUGCCCCGUCUCUGUCCCCCCCUCUCCAACCCCCCCCCACACACACUCCUGGUGCCAACAUGAUGUCCAAGAGUGACUCCAAGAGCAGUUUGUCAGGUUGCCCGCUGUGCUGGCAAGUUUGUUCUCAGACUAUCCCGUCUACACACUCAGUUACCUCGUCAGUCAGAAGGAUAAGACUACCAGCUGUACCCACAACCCUGAGCGACAAAACAUCCUCUCAAAAAUGGCUAGAACGUUCAAACUCUUCCCGGGAUCUCUGAGGUCGACACUUCCGCUAACGGGAAUGCGACUCCCCCCCUCUCUCCCCUCAUCACCUCCUUAGGAUGUCUUUUACAAAAAGUUUCCCUCCACGUCCCAGAGGAUCUUGGGCCUGUUCUCUCAUGAGAGAAGAAGAGAGGGGGAUAAGGAGAUGACAGGGGCCGAGGAUGAAGGGAGAGGAGGGGAAGCAGAGUCGUUUAUGGUUGGUGAGAGAAUAGAUCCUGUGCCCCUGUGCAGCUAAGUUGAAAUCACUCUCUCUCUCACACACACACACACACGAGCAAUUUACAAUGAGUGAAUACUGGAAUCUGUUAGCGCAGGAGUGCACAGUUAUCAUGAACUUUGUGAUGUUACUCAAAGGACAUAUGUAACUGCCUUGUGAAGGAUGCCACAAAUCAUCUGUGAACCAGAGAAAAUUUAGCAACCCCCCCUCAAAGCCAUUUGGCAGUAACUCCUCUCACAUUCCAGCAGACCCCCCCUCCCCACGGAAUCCCCACUCCCUAGCCGUGCCCCCCUGCAACCACACCUCCCCCCAUCCCCGGUGGGCUGGCUCACAUGGACUGCCACCCAUUCACGGUUAGUGGCAACGGUGGUAUUCAACUGUGGGCAUCCUCACAGCAGGGUGGAUACCAGUCCCUGGAGGGGGGGUGGGCGCGAGGGGGAGUUGGA